UUGCUGCGUGGAUCACAUCCAAACAGUUUCGAGGAUUAUUUUGCCGAGAGUACCGCCUACUUUUCUUCCAGAAAGCAUCUGACGGCGUACAGAUGCCAUACUGUCAGCGCUCGUCGACCAUGGGGUGGACCCAUCUUACGUGAGCACAUUGGCUGACUGCUACAAGAACUGCUCUACAACGGUACAGCUUUUUCAUCAUUUCUUUAACGUACCAAUUUCGAAGGGAGUUCGACAAGGCGACACCGUGUCGCCAAAACUGUUUACCGCCGUGUUGCAGUGGGUGAUGACAUCACUGGAUUGGAACGAGAGAAGUAUAAGAGCUGAUGGGAGAUUCCUCUCGAAUCUUGUGCGGACGACAGUUCUUUUCUCGUGGAAUAUCACUGAAGCGGAGACGACGUUGAAGGAGCUGAGUGGGGAAGCGGAUAGGAUUGCGAAUCAACCGGAAGAAGACUCAUCGCGGAAACGUCUUCUUACGUUAUCUCAGUCGAUGAACAUGGAAAACGAUCUAGAAGAAGGACAGGAGGCGAAGAGCAACUUGGGCCGCCUUCGGGCCCCUAAAGAAAGCCACAGACCAACUGACGGACUCAGAGCUCCGUGCCCACCUUCGAUCCAACCGACCUCCCUGCGCUCUAUUACGCAACAGAGACGUGGCUUGACACGUGGCUACGUCGAAGGCACUUCGAACAACACAUAG